AUGUGCUCUAUUUCAUGUCCUCUUUCCUCAAGUACCCUAAACCUCACACAAUUCCUCUGCUUCACUUGUCUCCCCAUCCAUCCCCAACGAAACCGUAAACCUCAAGAUCAUUUCCCCAAAUGGUUUUUCGCCAUUAAAGUCGUGAUCCUUGGUGUUGUUUUACAUGUCUAUAACUACACACAAAUUCUGCCUCCAAUUAUAUUGUUGGGUCUUUAUCCUCUACAUCUAUACCUGUCACUCGAGAUUCUCUUAACGCUCCUCAAAGUUGUGCUGACUAUCGCUCUCGGGUCCCACCUCGAACCAAUUUUCAACGAACCAUACUUAGCCACCUCUCUUCAAGACUUUUGGGGUCGCCGGUGGAAUCUCCCGGUCUCAGCUAUUUUCCGGUCUAGCGUCUUUAUCCCCGUGAGGCAAGUAUGCCAACACUUCAUGAACACCGAGUGGGCUAUAAUCACUAGUGUUUUGGCGUCGUUCCUCGUCUCCGGUAUGCUUCACGAGCUGAUUUUCUUCUAUGUAACCCGUGAAGCGCCUACAUGGGAGGUUACUUGGUACUUUGUGUUACAGGGAGUUUGCACGGUGGUUGAAGUUUUUGUGAAGAGGAAGACGUUCGUUGGCCGAUGGGUGGUGAGACCGGAGGUUUCACGGUUGCUUACGGUGGGGUUUCUGGUUCUGACCGGUGCUUGGUUGUUUUUUCCUCAGUUUAAACGGAGCGGCGUAAUGGAGAGAGAUUCGCUAGUGAAUCCUUGGUGUUCACUCAUUUAG